AUGCCUGGUGAUCGAAAAAAUUUUGAAGUGAUAGAAUUAUCGAUGCUAAAAAAGCAUAUAUUUUUCCCACUCUCUGGUUUGGGAAAUUUCACUGCACAAACCGUAUUGUACCCAUUUGUUUUGCUGCGCACACGGCUCCAGUUGCAAGAGGGUGCUCAAGUUUACCGUGGUCUUAUACAUGCUCUUUCUUCUGUCAUUAGAGAAGAGGGUUUUCGAGGAUUGUAUAGUGGUUACUUAGUCAGGUCAUUCCACAUAUUUUCAGGUACUAUUUAUGUUUCAACGUAUGAGGUGGCGAGACAUGCAUGUUCUGUUUUUCCAGCUUUAAGUCCAGUUCAUCGAUCUUUUAUCGGUGGUGGAGUUGCUUCAUGUGUUGCUCAGAGCUUUUUUGUUCCUGUUGAUGUUGUGUCUCAACACUUAAUGGUUUUAAAUCGUAAUCGCUUCCAUGCCAACAUGUCUUGCAUUUCAUCAACUAAUAUAAAGGAUUUUCACCCACUUACUCCAGUUCAGUUAAGCCAAAGAGAAAUGGAUUCCAACUGGGGUCGUCUUCGUGGCGUGAUUCGUUAUAUCAAACAAACUCAUGGGAUUAAAGGUUUCUACAAGGGUUAUUUAAUAUCCAUGUGCACUUUUGUUCCCAGUUCGGCACUUUGGUGGUCUUUUUAUGACAAGUUCUGUAUUCUUAUCCACUUUAUUUCGACGAAAAUAUGGAAAGAGCCUAUUCCAGAUUCGAUGUUAUCACCCUCAAAUUCAGAUUCUUCUCCUAUCCCAAGAUUAAUGAUUCAAUUAGUCUCAGCUCCUCUAGCAGGUAUUUCAUCUGCUGUCAUUGUAAACCCACUUGAUGUUGUUCGUGUUAGAAUGCAGGUUUCACAUAUGCCAUUCAAACAAAGUGCUAUUAAUCUAUGGCAAACUGAAGGAAUCCGUUGGUUUUCUAAAGGUUUAUCCGCACGACUUGUUCAAACAACAAUCUACUCAUUUUGGCUUGUCUUAGUCUAUGAACCUAUGAAAAUAUUCUGUUUAAAAGAUGAUUAUCGUGAUAGAUUUUAUGCUUUACAAACGGAUAG